CUGAACCAGACCAGUCACUGCACAGCUGUCGGGUCAGGUGGAUCGAACAUGUUGUGAGCUCCAACCUCAGCGUUUCACAUUGAUUUUGUUGUAGGUUUUCAGAAUUACAAGUUGGUAUCAAUUGAACCGAAGAGCACCGGAAACAGCACGCGUUUUACACCAAAAUUAAUGUUCGACAGCUACUCGACCAAAGACGAGAUUAACAGUCAUCGAGAGAGGACUUUAUUUUGAAAUUUUAAACUGACGCUUUUGUUUUCCUUUAAUGUAUUCUUGACAUAAACCUGAAUGUUGUGUGUUCGGGACGUUUUGAGGGCACCGAGUACAACACGCUCAUACUCAAAAGAAGCUGGAUCACAAGUUUGACAGAGCUGAAGUUUGCUCGGAUUUCCGUGUUCCCUCCUUUUUCCAUUUGCCUUCUUCUCUCGCGUUUCAAUGACAAACUUGUAACGUUACUUCAACUAGCGGUCGGUCGGUUGAUUGAUUGGUUGGUUGACCAGGGUCUGGUCUGCUGCUGUCAAACUUUAGUUGACAUGGAUUUGUUGCACCGACGACGGAUGGACUGAAGCGGUUGGGAAUUUUAAUCAUUCACCAGCUACCAGACAAACAAAAGAGACUCAUUACAACUAGUUAAAAAAAACAAGUUGUCAUUAACGCGGUCAGCUAAAGACAUGCAGAAGUUCAAUUCCACUGGUACCCACAGCAACACGCUGCCCCGGGACGCCGAGCUCCAGCUGCGGCUCGCUGACAGCGAAGAAACCAGGGAAGGGAAGGAGAACGGCGCCGGGAAUCACUUCCUCCCCGAGCCUGAGGAGCAAAGCUCUUUAUGCACCAAGAGGAAGAUGCUUGUCGGGUUGGAUGUAUUAUGUCUUUGUGUCGCCUCCAUCCCAUUCUUUGCAUGUGAGUUGAAGGCAGUGACUCCGUACAGACGAGGCUUCUUCUGCGGAGACUCCAGCAUCACCUAUCCUUACGUGGACCGGGAGGCCAUUCCUGACAGCCUGCUGAUUGCUGGUGGUAUAGCCAUCACUGGCUUAACGAUCGCGCUGGGUGAAUGCUACCGGGUACGUUUCAGAGGUGUGCACUCACGGGCCUUUGUUCGAAACCUCUAUAUAUCGUGCCUGUAUAAGGAACUGGGAAGCUUCCUGUUUGGAUGCUGUGUGGGUCAGUCUCUCACCAAUAUGGCCAAGUUAAGUGUGGGACGCCUACGACCCAACUUUCUGUCUGUCUGUAACAUCACCUAUGCAUUCAUCAACUGCACUCCGGGCAGCUACGUGUCACAAGUCAACUGCAGGCAGCCUGUUCUGAAGAUGGUGGAGGAAGCAAGAAAGUCUUUUUUUUCCGGCCAUGCUUCCUUCGCAAUGUACACCAUGCUCUAUCUGGCAUUUUACCUUCAGGCACGGUUGUCAUGGCGUGGAGCACGGCUGUUGCGCCCACUAAUACAGUUCCUCUUAGUCAUGAUCGCCAUAUACACCGGCCUGACCCGCAUCUCAGACUACCGUCACCACCCCUCUGACGUCCUCACAGGCUUCAUCCAAGGGGGACUCACUGCAUACUGGGUGGCCUUCUACAUCUCCUCCAUGUUUAAGCCCUGCACCCGUCCAGACCUGUCUCCCACUACCAUGUCCCUGGAGAGUCCACUGUCCAGCCAGCAAACUGUUUGUUAGCAGGCCACAGUUAGUCAAUCCAGAACCAGAACCAGAAGACAAGAGAUGGACUGCAGAAAGUCUGGGAGAAUGUCAGACAACACGGGCGAGGAGCAGCGAGAGGAGAGAAACUUUAGUCUCUAAGAAAGAAUAUCAUUCUAAGAGAAGGAUAUGACUAAAGAGUACAAUCUAACACAUGCUUGCUCUAUUGGGCAUACUGAUACACACACAAUCAUACAUUCACACACAAUAAUCCAGUAUGUUCACACACUCACACAUGUGAAACACAAGAAGCACAUUUGACUGUGAGUCAAACCCGUCCAGUGAAAAAAAAAAUGCAUUGUAAUAUGACAGAUAUUUUUUUAUAUAUGAAAAUAUAUUUUUUAAGAGGAUUAUUUUAGAAGCUGCUAAUGUUGAUAGUUUCUGCUUUGAACUUGUGUUCUUCUGUGAUGGAGGCUUUUGGUCAGUGCAUUUAGUUUGCUUUUGAAGCAAGCAGAGCUGGUCACUCUUUGGUCUUGGGUGAAGGAGGAGGAGGAGGAGAAAACAUCACCCAGCACCUGUGAACUGAGACCAUCAGACCUCAGACGUAAAGACAGCUCUGUACCAAGUGACAGAAGUGGCAGUGAUAAGGAACAAGCACUGGCUUCAACUUCUAACCAUCUUUACCUUCAGUGGCCUGUUGUGCCAUUGCUCUAAUCACUAUGACUAACCUGUACAUAAGAUAAAAUAGCAGUAUUUGUGCUGUGUUACAAAGUUAUCAUCCUUUUUUAUGUACCCAGGGUAGUGAUGUAAUGAUCUUUCUCCACCACUCCCACUUUUCUGUACUAACCACUUUGACUGCGUCUCAGAGGUGGAGGUUUGACUGAAUUUUGUAACCUUUGACUUUUGCCCCCAGACUCUCUGAGCUGCACCUUGAUUUAUGCCACUCUGACAGGAGAGCCGGCAUGGCUGCGACCCCAGCGGCCCUCCUGUGUAUCUUUAUUAAUAGCACUUGAACGUACGUAAUGGAACCUUUCUAAUUACAAUCAAUAUUAUAUAUUUGAUCACAGGUCUGAAUAAUCAGUGUUUAUUUUUGUUAAUGUCUGACUCAUACACUAUAUUUGUUGUUUUUUUUCUUGAAAUUAUAAUUAUUCAAAUUGAAUGUAAAUAGUUAUUUCAUUUUAUAAACCACACAGAAUUUCAAAAGUAUUAGUUCCAAUUUUGGACAGUUUUUACAUGUUUAUUAAGUGUUUGUAUUUACGUUUGUGUCAAUCAGGUACGAAGAGUUACUAUUGUAUCUGUUGUAACUACUAGACUGAGCCACAGAUAUUAUCAGAAAGCUAUAUUUUUUGUGUUCCCAGUUAUUGUUAUUUGUUUUGUCUGUGAAUGC